ACAACAACAAACAGCGCAUUCCAAAAUGGCUUUCAAAUCUUUCAGCUCGGAAGUGAGCGAGUCGCUGGCCAAUGGCCACAACAAGGGCCAAUCAUUCGACGAACUGUACGGGGAGCCGGAGAACUUUCUGGAGAUCGAGGUUGUAAACCCUCGUACCCAUGGGUAUGGGAAUAAGAUGUUUACAGAUUACGAAAUCGUGUGUAAGACCAACUUACCCGCGUUUAGACUACGUGAAUCCUCUGUGCGCCGUCGUUAUUCUGACUUUGAAACGUUCAAAUCGCUGUUGGAGAUGGAGUCCUCAAGGGUGGUGAUACCAAGCCUUCCCGGUAAGGUAUUUACAAACAGGUUCAGCGACGAAGUGAUUGAAACUAGAAGGGCGGGCUUGGAGAAGUUCAUCCAGGCCGUUGCAGGACAUCCUCUUCUACAGACAGGAUCCAAGGUGCUAGCCAGCUUCAUCCAAGAUGAAGUUUGGGACAGGAGAUCGUACUAUUGAUGGCUAUGGACUUACAAUGUGCGACUCCCAUGAGAAAUGACAUGAACUAUU